AUGGUUCUCAUUUAUCGGGACACGUUUGAGUCCAGUGUGGCUAAGAAUGUGUUCUUGGUGGCUCUGGGUCUGCUCAUCAACUACAUCAAUGGCACUCUGCUCCACACCUACAGCAAACACCAGAUCUUCUACACAAACCCGCGCUACAUCCUGUUCGCCCACAUGGUGCUGAACGACAUGCUGCAGCUGACGCUGAGCGUGGCCAUGUUCGUGCUGAGCAACACGUCCCGUCAGAUGCUGUGUCCUCUGUGUCUGCUGCUGCUCUGCCUCAGCGUCCUCACCACACACAACAUCCCCUUCUGCCUGGCCGUCAUGGCGGCCGAGUGCUACAUCGCCGUCUGCUUCCCGCUGCAGCAUGCGCAGCUCUGCACCAAGCGCUGCACCUACGGCCUCAUCGCCGGCAUCUGGAGCCUCACCAUCCUCAUCAUCCUCCCCGACAUCUUCAUCCUGGCGCUCAGCAGACCCGCCUCCUUCUUCACGUCCACGGUGUACUGCGAGCGGACGGCGGUGUUCGGACACCCGCUGAUCAUGGCCAAGCGCGACGUGCAGUACAUGGUCUACCUCUGCGCCGUGUGGAGCGUCCUCAUAUUCACGUACUGCCACGUCUUCUGCGCAGCUCGAGCAGCGUCGUCUGAAAAGCAGUCAAAGAAGGCACGCAACACCAUCCUGCUGCACGGCUUCCAGCUGCUGCUGUGCUUGCUCUCGUACGUGGACCACCUGCUGCUGCGCCUCCUGAGGACCUGGUUCCUGAAGUACAUCGUGCACAUCAGCUUCGUUCUCUACAUCGUGGUCAUGAUCCUGCCGCGCCUCAUCAGCCCCGUGCUCUACGGUCUGCGCGACAAGACGUUCAGACAUCACCUGCCCAAAUACAUGAUCCUGACUGUGGUCGUCAGGGUCUAG